CGCGACGCUGCUUCACGCACGCUCGUCACAGCAGCGAGUGUUGUUGAUAAAAGUUCGCGUUUCUCUGCUGUCACUGCGGGUAGUUUGAGUCAUGAGCUCGAAAAGAGCCCAGGACGAGUCCGGCGGCAGCGAGAAGAAGAGGAAGAAGAAGAAGAGCUGCGAGGAAGCGGCGCUGAGUUCAUGUGUGGAGGAGAAGCAGCUGCAGGGAGCCGUGAAGGAGGCAUGGAGGAGCAGCAGCCCGUACAGCCACGGGGAUCUGGAGCUGGACUGCCACCCUUUCCCUCACUGCAUCAUCAAGAACUUCCUCAGCAGCGAAACCUUCGUAGAAAACCUGCAGAGAGAGCUGCUGGGACUCAACUUCCACGAGAAGUCAAAUGACCUCUACAAGUUUAAACAGUCAGAUGACCUGAGGAAGAGAACAGAGCCACACAUCGCAGGACUGAGGGCAGCGUUGUUCGGGCGUUUUCGUUCCUGGCUCGGGGAAGUGUUGGGGGUUGAGCUGGAGCCCACAGUGGAUAUUUCUUGUGCCAGAUAUGAAUACUCAGAUGUUCUGUUGUGUCAUGACGAUGAACUGGAGGGGAGGCGCGUUGCUUUCAUUUUGUAUCUCGUGCCUCCGUGGCAGAGCAGCGACGGGGGAACCCUCGAUCUUUACACAACAGACAGUAACUUUCAACCACAGAGCAUAGCGAAGUCGCUCGUGCCUUCUUGGAACACACUCGUCCUUUUUGAAGUUUCCCCAGUUUCCUUUCACCAAGUGUCAGAAGUUUUGUCACAGGACAAGUGUCGUCUGUCUCUGAGCGGCUGGUUUCACGGACCUUCUCUGGACCGUCCUCCUCGCCACACAGAGCCGUCCGUCCCGAGGAGUCCACACUUACCGAGAGACGAGACGGUGCUGCUGGAGUGGGUCAAUCCAGUGUACCUGGACAUUUCCUAUCAGGAGCGGAUCCAGGAGGAGUUUGAAGACAGCUCCGAAGUUCAGCUCAAGGAUUUUCUCAAGGAGGAGAAGUUCAGGGAGGUGAAUGAGGCGCUGCGACUCGCUCAGAUUCAGUGGACAAAGAGAGGUCCACCCAAUCAGAGGUGCUAUGAAGUGGCUUCUCUAGACUCUCUGCCGCAGUGUGUCACUGCAUGUUGGGAGCUGCUUCGAUCAGAAUCAUUCUUCCUGCUUCUUUCCAACUUCACCGGCCUUCGGCUGCACUACCUGUGUCCUGCUGAUGAGGACGACGAUGAAGACAAUGAGAAGCAAGAGCAAAAGGGGGAUGAAGAAGCCACCGGGUCUUCAACCGAAUCCCCAGCUGCAAAUACAACCAGACAGAAAGAGCUGAGCACACCUGUAUGUUGCGGUGAAGUGCGACGGUGGUCUCAUGGCGGCUACACUCUGUUGCAUGACGGAGAGGCUGCACGGGCAGAGUACGCUCUGGACCUCGUUCUGCCUUUUGGCUGCGCAGAGCGCGUUUUGCUUUCCUCUCAGCCAAUAGGAGGCCUGGAGGCUCUCAGUGUGUCGGUGGGUGUGAUCCCAGAGGAGGAAGCGUCACCGAGCACUGCAACAAAGUUUUAA